CAGAAGUUUUGUGUGUUUUCGCUGAGUUUUAGUGUGUUCAGGAUGUGGUGUAGCAGAGCAGUGGUUCAGCAGGCCGCACUUGGGCUCAGAGUUGCACAACGUGCCAUGGCCACGUUACCCCGUGUAUACGUCUCCCGUAAAGUGCCACCGCAGGGAUUGGACAUCCUGCGAAAAUCUGCACAAGUGCAGAUCGAGUUGUGGGACUCAGAUGACCCUGUUCCUCGACAGGAGCUGCUGAAAAAGGUUAAAGGUUGCGACGGUUUGCUCUGCGUCCUGACUGAAAAGAUCGACGAGGAAUUGUUGGACGCUGCAGGUCCGAACCUAAAGGUGGUGAGCACCAUGUCGGUCGGGUUUGAUCAUCUUUCACUGGACGAGUUAAAGAAAAGGGGAAUCCGUGUAGGUUACACUCCAGAAGUGUUGACUGAUGCGGUGGCGGAGCUGACUGUUGCCCUUCUCCUCGCGACCUCACGCAGACUGAUCGAGGCUACGCAUGAAGCCAAAACUGGUGGCUGGGGAACGUGGAGAACUCUUUGGCUGUGUGGUUACGAGUUGGCCAACAGUACAGUGGGCAUCCUUGGACUUGGCAGGAUCGGAGUGGCCAUUGCUGAGCGUCUGAAGCCCUUUAAGGUGAAAAAAUUCAUUUACACAGACGUGGAGCCGAGACCGGAGCUGGCGGAGGCCAUCCAUGCAGAGUUCGUGUCCAUGGACGAGUUGGCCAGACAGUCUGAUUUCCUAGCCGUGUGCUGCGCUUUGACUCCAGACACUCAGGGCAUCUGCAAUAAGAACCUUUUUACCAAGAUGAAGAACACGGCCAUCCUCGUCAACACCAGCAGAGGAGGUGUGGUGAACCAGGAGGAUUUGUAUGCAGCGUUAUCUUCAGGCCAGAUUGCUGGAGCUGGACUGGAUGUCACCACACCGGAGCCCUUACCCACGAACCACCCGCUCUUCACACUCAAAAACUGCGUGAUACUACCGCACAUCGCCAGUGCCUCCUACACUACACGGAACGCCAUGUCUGCGCUCGCCGCCAACAACCUGCUGGCUGGACUCCGAGGAGAUCCCAUGCUCAAGGAGCUUCAGCUCUAGAACCUGCUUCAGAUCCCGUUUGUUAAACCUGCUGAAAGUGUUGAUUUGAAAUGAAUAAAGUGAUGAUUUGGA